CGCCCUUGGAUACGGCAGACUAUUUUGUAAUUUAAAAUAUGUGUCACAUAAAAAAAAAAGCCAAAAGGUCGAUGUUAAGUGGUACAAAAAGUGUUAUCUUUAUUUCUUAUCGCAAUGUCCCUACAGUACACUGCCUUACAGUUAGGAGCACAAAUCAUUAUAGUUUAUAGGACCGGCAAAGUGUAGGCUUACUCUUGUUACGCUAGAUCUAGAUUUAGAAAAAUCUAGAACAAAACACUUGGUUAUGGCGACUCGUUGGGGUAUUUGUGGAGCCGGCAAAAUAUCCUAUGAUUUCUGCCUGUGUUUAAAGGCUCUACCAAAAUCAGAACACGAGAUUGUUGCAGUGGCUGCAAGAGACAAAAAAAGAGCAGAGGAGUUUGCAUCACGCUUUGAUAUUUUCAACAGCUACGGGUCUUAUGAAGAGCUUGCUAAAGACUCUAACAUAGAUGUCAUUUACAUUGGAACCAUUCACACAAAUCAUGUGGAGAGCAGCCUUUUAUUUAUUAAUGCUGGAAAAAAUGUUCUUUGUGAGAAACCAAUGUCACUGUCUUUGGAAGGAUGUCAACGUGUUUUAAAAGCAGCAAAAGAAAAGGGUGUACUUUUUGUAGAUGCCUUCUGGAGUCGACAUUUUCCAGCCUACAAAUUUAUCCUAGAGCACAUCAAAUCCGGAGCUAUAGGAGAAGUUGUCAUGAUGCAAGCAACAUUUGCUUCUUUUCGAGAUGAUGCCAUAUACUUUGACAUGAACCGUGGUGGUGGAGCACUCAUGGAUAUAGGCUGCUAUCCAGUCCAAGCUGCCAACUUACUUUUUAAAGGAAAACCUGAGUCCAUUGUUGCUCAAGGAAGUAAAGCAGAAUCAGGUGCUGACAAAACUGCUGUGAUUUUACUCAAAUACCCUGGAGGCAAAUUUGCUUCCCUUUCCUACUCUGCUGAAACAAGUAACGGAGCUAGUCAUCUGACUAUCUAUGGAUCUCAAGGAACUAUUGUGGUUCCAGAUUGGUUUUGGUGCCCAACUAGAGUUGUACUCAAAGAGAAUCAAGUGAAAUAUUUUCAGCUCCCUGAUAUUCAGGACAUGGAUGGUAUGACAUACUCCAACUCUCAAGGCCUGACAUAUGAAGCAAAGGCUGUGCGGGAUUGUCUUUUGAAAGGCUUGAAAGAGUGUCCAGAAAUAACCCAUGAGGACAGUGAGACAAUUAUGUACAUCCUGACUGAGGUUCAGAAGCAGCUUGGAAUUAAAUACAACUACCCCUGAAAUUUUCAACAACUGGUUCAAUACAAACUGCUGAAAUCCUUUUAAACUUUAUUUGUUUCUAACAUUAUUUUGUGCUUCUUUACACUACUGGAUUACUAAGUAGUGGUAAAAAAUACUGUCCUGUUAGAUAUGUUUGAUAUGUAUUGAGGUCUUUAUUUUAUAAAUGCUAUGGAAUCCUUUUACUUUUAGAUAACUGAGAAAAGUAUCUGCUAUGACAAAAUUUCCCCAUCAGUAUGAUUGGGUAACUAGAAAGGUAUAAUGACUAUAAGGUGACUCAUUCUUUUGCUGCCUUUUGACAUGACUUACACAAACAAAGAGCAAAUAAUUCCAAUUCCUAUUUAUUUAUUUAUUUUUGUGUCUGCAUGAACUUUCAAAUUUUUAAAAUAUUUUUUAAUUGAAAUUAAAAUGUG